AGCAGCUGCCGAUACGUCUACAAGUGUUGCACCUAAAACCUAUGGGUUCAGUUUCCAGUACCAGAGUAUUAAAGAUGCCGAUCACCCGUGAAGCUGUGGACCAGCUAAUUGCCUCCGACAAGGUGGUAAUUUUCUCAAAGACCACUUGCCCAUACUGCAAAAUGGCCAAAGAGGUGUUUGAUAAACUGAAGCAAUCAUACACUGCCAUCGAAUUGGACAAGAGAGACGAUGCUGAUGAAAUCCAAGACAUUCUUGGUGAAAUCACUGGAGCUCGAACAGUCCCAAGGGUAUUCUUGAACAAGGAAUUCAUCGGAGGAGGUACUGAUGUGAAGAAACUGUAUGAGAGCGGCGAACUUGCCAAGAAGUUGUAGCUGCAAUACUCAAGUUUAUUGUCAAGACUUUUUAUAAAAGUUCUUUUCUAAGCAGGACAUUUAUUUCCCAAUCAAAUCACGUGAUUUACUUUUUUUUUAAUUUACCAACACACAAACAUUGAAGAACAAUAAAAUAUAUCUAUGUAUAAAAUGAAUUCUCUGAUUAUUCAUUUCAAAAUAGAAGUAAAACAAGAAACUGUGUUUACACUCCAAUGAAUGCAAUGCAUCAAGUGUCCCAAAAAAAUGACUUCUCAUUAGAAAACAAUGAUGCAUACCGAAAAUACACACAUUUGCUGUACCAGUCGUUCUCGCGACAGGUAAAGUUCCCAACUCGGCAUUGCCAAUAAACCUCCUAAAAAUACGCUCAUCCACGUAAGUACAUACCUAGCACCUACUUCUAUACCCUUUAGUACAGUCGUGUCUCAUACUGCAGUAGGUGAAUCGUCGGCGCUAAAGGCGCGCGUAUGUGAUCAUGGAUAUUUUCCAGUACCGGAAAUUCUUCGUCUACGCGCUGACAUUCCUGGCAUACGCCUGGUCAGGUUACGGAGCCGGACUCCUGGGGAACCUCAGAGACGCGGUUCUCACGGCCGAGACUGUUUUCUCUGACCUGUUCGAAAACGCCAUUACCGUCGCUCACAAGAUCAAGGACAUUCACGAGGUGUUCGAUGCCGCUGUCGAGGAAAAUUGCUCCUUUCAAUGUGCUACGGGAGCAACACCGAAACCCGACUGGAAUCACAAGCCUCAGAGCAACGGAUGCGGUUCCCUGGGUAUCGAGAUUAAUCAAGAGUACCUACCGCUGGAGGAGAUGACUAAAUGCUGCAACGCACACGACAUUUGCUACGACACCUGCAACUCCGACAAGGAAAAAUGCGACCUUGAAUUCAAGAGAUGUCUGUACAAGUACUGCGAGGGAUAUCAGACUACAGGAGUCACGGUCGUGAACACGUGCAAGGCUGCGGCGAAGCUGCUCUACACGGGGACGACGGCUUUGGGUUGCAAGAGUUUUCUCGACGCGCAGAAACAAGCCUGUUAUUGCGGGGAUAAUAAAAACGGGAAGAACCGGAAACCCAAUAAACGGGCGGCGCAGGCUGGGGGAGAAUUUUAGGUUUAAUCGAUGUUUUCGUGCUGUAUAUACGCAUAUACAAGAGAUUACUAUUACAUUAUAUUAUAUGCUUCCGUUUUUUUUAUACAGUUAAUAAGUGUAUAGUUAGAUAUUAUUAUGACUUUUGCGUUAAACUACAUAUAAAAAUACUAUCGUGUAAAUAAAAGUAUUUUUCAUAAGUACGAGGUCUCAUCACUGGUAAACUUGAAAAUAGUAUGGAUGGGUUAACCUUGGCAUGUAUAGUCAGACAAUGACCACUGCAGAACAUCGUUAAUAAUAAAAACAAAAGACAGGCUUCCAGUCGCGUUGAAUCUCCGAUGAUUUCAGGGACAGGGACAAGCCUCCCCAACCCCCAGCUAAAAAUAAAUUAUCAAGUAUAGUGAGCAGUUUGUUACAAAGACCUGCAACCUCGCCCGACUAUGGGCAACGUCGUGCGCUCCAAACCGGUCAGCAAGCAAUCGUCGACUCCCGAGAAAGCUCCAUCAGAAAACAGCCGUCAGUCCUCCCCGGAGUCGUCCCACCACCGCCUCCGCAAACCCGAUCACCACCUCCACUCCAAAACCUGAAGCAUGUCCCUCCUCACCUUCACCUCGUCCACUAGUGAAGGCUUCGUCAUCGUCGGAGAGACGGAGAUGCGCCAGACGGGAGAAACGGCGAAGGGACUUUUUACACAGAACCACCAACCCUUUUCUCGUGUUUUUCCUGAGGCUUCGAUCCAAGAAACCGGGAGUCAGGGUGGCCAAGAUCGCCAGGGUAGCCGGUCAACGCUGGCAGGAGAUGACGGACGAGCAGAGGAGAAAGUACAUCGACUUGGCCAACGCGGAGAAGAGGAGGCGAAAGUGCAGGAGAUACAGGUCAAAAAGAAGAACGUGCAAACGAAAGAAAGGAGCGGACAAACGAGGUUGAAAUGAAGAAGGCUAUUAUCGAAUAAUUUUACGAUUUCAUUUUUAUUUGUUAGUAGCUUUUUUAUAUCUAUGUACAAUAAAUAUUGAUGUAUUUUUACACUAUAUUCUUAAAGACCUUCCUUGUGGUUUACAAGUUACACUAAAAACUAGCACUGC